AUGUCGUACGACCAAUCAAUUUCAAAUAGAAACCAGACCUCUGCUGGUAUUGUUUAUCUACCAUCCACCUAUCAGCCAGAAACAUUUCCAAUGAGAAAUGAAUACCAUCAACCGUCCCUGUCAAGUCAUCCGAGUCUGUCAUUCAAAAACAAUCGAGUAGCACCACCACCACCGUAUUCUCAAGAUUACAAUGCGUAUGGACAGGCAAAUAACUUUUAUGGAACUCCAGGAUCGACUACACCAACAAGGCCACUGAUUCAGACAACGCGCAUGCAUCCGCAGAGGCAAUCGACGCUCCCAUCGGAUAAUCGUGAUGCAGAUGGCAUGCCGACAUCAUGGUGGUCGCAUCGGUUGUGUUUUGGUUUGACACGUUUAAGUGGAGCAAUCCUAUUUGGUACAAUGAUAGUUUUAGCUGCUGUAAGCAUCGCCGGUCUAAUCACGACAGUAGUAUUAUAUGUCAAUGAUACGACAUCGGAUCCACAGUGGAAAAUUCUAGGAAUGGUUGUCUGUGCCGUUAUGUUAAUAACAGUUAUUACUACCUUCUUGAUUUUUAUUUACUGCUACAAAAAUGGACACAUUCAUCUGUAUGAUAAUCAAAGUGAUCCGGUCUCAUCAGAAAAAUUUCAAGGAAGUAAUUCAAGACUAGGCUACAACGAUCAAAAGCCGAGGAAUGAUGCAACAAUACCGUCUUAUCACCAUCCACCAGGAAAUAGUUUCCCGCGAUCAGAUAACUAUAAUAAUCAACCCUAUAAUAGAUAUGGCACGAAUAGAAAUCCCCCUUCGGCAUCUCCGUAUGAAAAUGUUGUUCCCGUCGAAGACAAACUAACUAAUACAGAAAAUACCAUUUCUCCUCUACGACACAGAGAUUACAAACGAGGUGUUUGGCCAGCACCGAAUGCUUAUGGUGGUAUAUCACAUCGAUCAAAGGAACCACCAAGAAUGACACACCGUGUCACCCAAGCAUUGCCAAAUGAUAUUGAUCAGUCGAUGUCUCAACGAAGAAAUCUGCCCGUCAAAUUAAAUCCAUCAUCGAUGAAUCGGCAAGCAUUCGGUGGUCGCGCAGCGGCACUGCAACCAAACUAUGAAGUCAUUGAAGAAAUCUACGAAACAUCACGAAAACAAAGACCUGACGAUUAUGUCGAAUACAUUGAACCGCCUAAGCAAAGACGUGAGCAACCGGGUGUACAUUUAUCAAAACCAAGAUAUGGUGAUGUUGUUGUCAGACAUGUGAAAGUAUUCGAUGAAGCAAAUGGUGACGAAAACGGUUUUAAUACUGAUCAUUUUUAUAACUAA